AAGUUUUGAAACUAUAUCAUAUGUGAUAAUUAAAUAUACUACUGAUACCUUUGCGCAGCUGUAUGAAAACAUGUAUAAAACAGUUCACUCCCCAUCCCUUCCCAUCGCUUCGCCGUAUGUAAACAAAUCAUUCUCACAUUUCAAAUACCCACCCAUCGCAAACCUAAAGCACCACUUAGACGCGCUCAAACAGCGCGUGUUACUAUAAACCGAAGACUGCAUAUCAAGAAGACUGUCAACUCUGUCCGGAAUCUGGAGACAGUGACAGCAACGCCACUUGCGGGUAAAGGUGGUACUUCCCAUAGUGAUGCACACACAUAUACACUUUUACAUUAAGCUCCCUACCUUCCUCCAGUAGAGGCGCUGGAACCUCUGUCGCUCUUCGUUUGUAUGGAGGAAGGAAAGAGAUAUCAGUCUUCUUAAUAUGGAGUCUUCGUAUAAACUCACGACUCGUGAAAUAUUUUACGCUGAACCACCGUACACACUAACGCUGCCCGAGUGCGGCGGCGAAGAUGCUGUCAGUUGGCGCUUCCGCGUUGCGUUGGUUGCGAUCAGGGAUCUUGUCCGUCGCGGGUUUUUCGAGUGGCGCUCCGUCUCCACCGACAAGGAAAUGGCCCAAAUCAAAACCUUCCGGAUCGUGGGUCACAUCUACGCGGCCUUUAUGAUUGUCAUCGCAAUGUCGCUGGCGAUUCGGUCUCUCGGUUCGUUUGGAAGUGAGGAGGAAAAUAGCACGGUGCUGGCACUUAAGUCGAUUUUUUCGCUGUAUUGCUUCGCGUUUGCUGUGAUGCUCGUGAUUGGCAUCGAGAUGGAGAAAAUUGAGUACGUGAUUGUUUACAGAAUAUUUGUAAUAUCUCGAAGCAUCUGCGGUUUGAUUUACAUGGUGAUCAACUCGCUGAUCAUCAUAGUCGACCAUGCUAAUGCAGCCUCCACCGGGAAGAUGAUCUUUGGGAUUUUUUUGUUGAUUUUGGCGAUGGUCAUUUUCUUCGCCAUAGUAGCUAUUGAACUAUUGCUCGUGGAAGGAAUAAAACGAUAUACUGAGCAAACGAUAGAAGUAAUAAAACUUCCGUCCGUGACUCCAGUAUAGAGGGCAUCAUCUAUAGAUUUAUAGUGAUCAAUCAUCAUUGUUAUUAUUAUUUUUGUUUUUGUUGUAGAGGGCAUUCACAUCUUCACCUCAGGGUUUAAAAUCAUUCACUUCUUCAUGUUAGAGUCAAUCUCUAUCUUAACGUAUGGGGACUUGGAAUCAAAACCAGAUCAGCCAAAAUCUAUUAUUAUUGUAAAAUUUAUAAAUUAUAAUCUCUGUUUAAACCAUUAUUUUUUUAAGUAUAUUGUUGUUUGGAGCUGAAUAAAUAAUAUUUCUUUUUUUU